AUGUCUAUCUCUAAUCCUCCACAAGCUCAAAUUGCUUCUAUUUCUAAUGCUUUAGUGGCUCUUAUUUAUGGUAUAUGCAAUUCCACAAUGCAUGUCACCUCUAAUUGCAUGCAUGCUCAAGAUGUUGGGGCUAUGUAUCAACAACAAAGGCCCAACAAUUAUCAACAGAAUCAAGGGGCAAAGAACAAUUUUGAGGCUAAAUAUGGGAGCAUCUAUAACCCAAGAAGCCCAUUUUCUCUUGAUGAUCCACAUGAUUUCACUUGCUGUGACAGCAAGAUUAAUAUUCAUCCAAGUGCCUCAAAUAGCAUUAAGAACACGCCUCCUACUUCUCUAAGUCUUCAAGUGAUUGAUGAUAAGGAUGAUUCUAUUAAAGACAUUGUAUUUGAGGAUGAAAAUGGGGCAAGAUCAACCCUAAAUGCUCCAGAAAAAGAGGUAAAAUUGAGCUCAAGUCAAGGCCAAGACAAUGCUAGAACAGACACAGUUCAUCCUUCUUCUAAGGCAAAUGAAAAUGAUUCAAGUAAGCCUAAGGAGAAAGAGGUGUUAGGAAGAAGAGAGCCUCCAAAAGAAUAUCAAAUUGGGGACCCUAUUCUAAGGGAUAUGCCAUUCCCUAAGGCCUUGACUAGAUUUGCUAAGAAAGGGCAAGAAGAAGAUAGGCAUGAUGUGUUUGAUAUGUUGAAGAAGGUGGAAGUGAACAUACCACUUCUUGACAUGAUAAAAAGCAUGCCUAAGUGUGCAAAGUUUUUGAAGGAGUUGUGCACUAAUAAAAGGAGAUUCAAAUCAUUAGCUACAGUUCAAAUGAAUCUUAAUAUUAGUGUUGUUUUCAAGCCACAACUCCCUCUAAAGUGUAGAGAUCCAGGGGCAUGUACCAUUCCUUAUCAAAUAGGGAAUGUGUUUGUUCAAGAAGCCUUGAUUGAUCUAGGGGCAACCAUCAAUGUGAUGCCCACUCACAUUUAUUCUUCCCUUAAUCUUAGUGGUCAUCAAGAUUGUAGUGUCAUCUUGCAACUAGCCGACCGGAGCACUAAGAAGCCUAAUGGAUUCUUGGAAGACAUCUUAAUGAAGCUUGCGCAAGUCUUGGCGAUCAAUUUGUGGUCUGAGAUGUCACUGGAUGCUCGUCAACCAAGUCCGAUAGAAGAGCGUUUUAAGGGUCUGUGGCCUCUCAACUUCUUUGGAGAAGUAACCUCUCUGAAUCGAAAGAUUUUGAGGGCACCUCAUCUGAGCAAUUCUUCCCUUGCAUCUUCUUACUUAGAGGACGUCGUGCGUGAGAAGAAGUUGCACUCGUUUGACUUGGAUAGAGGCAACUGA